AUGGCCAAGCAUCAACAAACAGAAACUGCGACAGCCUUUAGCAGUUUCUGUGUUCCCCCAUUCACAUGUAAUCUGCUGCUGGUUAUAGCGGAUUAUGUGUUUCGGGGUGUAUUCACAGUUCUGACACGGUGUAUUGUGCAGCCUCUCUCAGUUGUUGAUGACGAGCUUGUUCCGAAGGGGACAUCUUCUUUAUCCCACGAAGACGCCAACUUGGAAUCCGUUAACGAGCUUCAAAGCCCGCCAAGGAUUCGAACAAGAGGACGUCCAAAAAACAGGCUAGGUUCAAAGCUGGAGAAACAGAUCGCAAAUGCCACAAAGAAGAAGAAGACGAAAGUUUUAAGCGAGAUAAACCUGUUUGAUGCUGCAUCAAUGGCGCAUUCAAAUUCCAGCCAAUAUCAAGGACACGUUAUGAAUUAUCAGUUCAGGGUACCAGCAGCAGGGGAUAACUCUUUGGGUGUAUAGUUUUAUAGAAUAUGGGUGUAAAAGCA